AUGAGUGGCAUCCUGUACGCCUCUGGAGGCCAGGGCUUAUUGCGCUAUUUUUUUGUUCAUGGUAGCCACGAACGAACAAUCUUUCCCAAGCAAGUGACAGUUGAGGCCAGUAUUCUCAAUUUCACCCAACAUGGUGAGCUAGUCUUCGGCCAUAGCCAUGAUUCACCGACUCGGAUGUACUCCUUUCUCGAUGGUUCCCUCGCACACUCGGGCGAUCGGUCCCUGGCGGAUAUCGAAACUAGUCAGCUUGUUCAGGCGCUACUGAAGAACGUCAGCGUCCCAUCCCUGGUUUUAAUGGAAGUACCUAUUGAGCAGAUGGACUUCCACUCUAUCUCCCAGGAACCGUACUCCUACGUGGGAGUUGCGGUGCUUGGAAGAAGCGACCUUCGAAUUUGCGUCGGCGAGGAACGACACUAUUUGGCGCAGAUGACGCGGGUGUUUCUGCCCCGGUUUACGCAGGCCAUGUCACCCCGAAGCGGGGACUAUCUUCCAGGUGAUGCGCGUAACUUGUGCAAGCAAAUAGCGCAUGAUAUGGGCACUCUAUUGAAUGAUACGGAGUUUUCGACCGUCCUCGAGCUGUAUCGACAGCGAUAUCUUGGGAAAUCUGUCGUCCAGAAACCAGAUAUUCUGGAGGCAUGCUUGCUCCAUAUGGUCAAGAUGCCGUUCGAUUUGGCAUCGUCAAUCCAGCAAGGCCUGAUUCGUCAUUAA